AUGGAGAAGAGCCAACGCAGCGACGUCACGUACGUCCUGCACAACUCCACUCUGUACCUCCUACUCUACGCAGUAGUGCAGCUGGGACAGUUCCUCCUGAAGGUCCUGUGGACGAACAAACUAGUAAAGACAUACUUCCUCAAGUACCACCGGAAAAUUAAAAAGUCGUACUGCCAGUACACCAAGUCACCAGAGUACCAGGACAUUACCAACCAAAUAGAACAUGUUCAAAAAAAAAUUAAAAAAUACAAAAAACUGAUAGAAGCAAAUAAAAAGUCAAACAAACAUAUGAAUGAGUACGACUUGUUAAUACUGAAUGGAAAGUACACGAGGAAAUUUUUGAAGGAAGAGAAAAAUUUGAAUGACUUGAGAAAUUUAUUGGAGCAGGAAAACCAAGGCGACUAUUUGUUCCACACGUGUGAUGUGAUUUCAUCGUUCGUCACGUCCACCAGUGCAUUCGUCAACAUCGUGCGCACACAGAUAACGGUCGCCCUGCUGUUCCUCUCCCUCAAGUACUUCUCCUCCAAGAACACGCACGUGCCCUACGUGCCAGCCGAGACGGACCUUUGGUUCGGAGAGCACUUCAGGAUCGUCUCCACAGAACCGUGCGCCCAAAACCUCGUCAAUUUGCUCUACGGGUACAACACCGCCCACCUGGUGUUCCUCACGCUAAAGCAGAGUAUUUCAAGUUUGUUUGUGAAAUUAGACGCAAAAUUAAAAACAGCUUAA